GUGGCCAGGCCCAGGCUGCGCUCAACAACCUCCAACCAGCUCUGUUCGACGAACCACCUCAUUCAACUUUAGUCCCGUGGUUCCCUCGACAUCCCCGACUGACUGCGCCCUUUGAACGGUCGACCAUUCCAUCGCGGCCUUUAUCCGCGACAACACUGCUACACGUCUACCGUACAGCGAGCUUUGUUCCCCGCGACAGCUUUUCCCGGUCUUUUAGAGCCGAGCUCCCGUACCGAACCGACAAUACCGCCUCAGUCGGCUUUGAAGUCGGCCGCUUCUCCCACAACCACAACCACCAUGGCGACCCGAGGCCCCCCUGGCGCGCGCGGAAUGAACAACCGCUUUGCUCAGUUCAAGCUGGUGUUGUUAGGUGAAUCUGCCGUGGGAAAGAGCUCGAUCGUGUUGCGAUUCGUCAAGGAUCAAUUCGACUCAUACCGGGAAUCAACUAUCGGCGCCGCCUUCUUAACACAGACCAUUUCGCUCGACGAGAACACGACGGUCAAGUUUGAGAUCUGGGACACUGCGGGCCAGGAACGGUAUAAGUCGCUUGCGCCCAUGUAUUACAGAAACGCCAACUGCGCAGUCGUCGUCUACGACAUCACCCAAGCCACAUCACUCGACAAGGCCAAGUCGUGGGUGAAGGAGCUACAGAGGCAAGCCAACGAAAACAUCAUUAUCGCGCUCGCCGGGAACAAGCUGGAUUUGGUGACAGAGCAGCCCGACAAGCGAGCGAUCGAGACGGCUGACGCCGAGGCCUACGCGAAGGAGGCCGGUCUUCUUUUCUUCGAGACAUCGGCAAAGACGGCCGAGAACGUGCAGGAGCUUUUUACUGCCAUCGCCAAGAAGUUGCCGCUUGACCAGGUCGGACCGAGGCACGCCCGGCCAGGCCAGCGACCCGGCGUCAGCCUGGCCCCCGAAGGGGCAAACACCCAAGCUGGCGGGCCAUGCGCUUGCUGAGGGACCGGAGAAGAGGGCUGGGCAUUUCGAUGGGAUUCUAAGAUGCGACUGCAGAGAGACUGGAGACGGAUAGCGGGAACCGGACCGCGGUCAUAGAGCAGGUCAUGCGCGUUAGCUGGGUUAUGACGGAGGGAGUGUUGGCAUCACACAUCUGGGGCGGAGUCUGCUGGGGGGAUGGUACGGAUGCCGUUUAAUACCUUUUUUUUACGGGUUUAUGUUUGUUUUCGGCACACUGAUAGCUCGCCCUAUAACGUGGGGUGGCGGGUAAGAGCCUGGGCAGGUGCUUCCGUGUAUAGUAAGCAGAUAGAGCAACAGCUUGCAACGACGCGGUAAUCCUAAUGAGGCUGAUGAUGGAUGUAGUGAGCGCUGGAAGUAUUGUUGACUUGCAAGGAUGCCU